CCAGAGGAGGCUGGACCAACUGAAGGCAGCCUGUGCGAGAAGAUAAUAGAAAUGAGCCCUCCCUUCACCCCUGAGCUGUCAGCAGAGCAGGCCUUCAUUUUGACGAAGGAGUCACAGCUGCUGGGUUUCAAGACUCGCACAGAGAGCGAUGGAGGAGAAAGAGCAGUCUGGAGGACUUCACUUCGUCGGCAAGAAGGAUGAGCUGAUUAAAGCAAAGCGCUCUUUCCGGACUUUGGAGGGUCGAGACGUUCUGAUUAUCUACCAUCAGGGAGUCUUCUAUGCUAUGGACUGCUACUGUUACCAUGCUGGAGGAACAUUGGAGAACGGAGACAUAGAGGACAUCAACGGCAAGCUGUGCAUAAUUUGUCCAAAGCACAAGUACAAGAUCACUCUGGCUGAGGGGGAGGGCUUGUACAGGGGCAGGAACCCCCAGGAGAAGCCACCGGUGUUCAGAUGGUACUCCAAGGGGUUGAAGCAGAGGGUCCACACUGUCACGGAGGAAAACGGGGAAAUCUUCGUCAAGCUCGUCAUGACCCCAAACUGGGUGGAUUCGGACUACUACCAGGGAGAAAAGGGCAAGGUGGAAAGAGCCAGGGCCGAGGAAUCUGAGGGGGACAUGCCUGUGAUGAAAGAUGAUGAGGAUGAUGAUGAGUGAAGUUUCUUCCGCUGAUCUCAGAAUGAACCGUGACUUCUGCAAGGACGUUCAUUGAUACAAGCCAAGAUAUGACCUGCUGCAGUGUAGAAGUUUAAAAGUUAUAUAUUUAAUAAAUUAAUCUUUUCAGUCGCACUCGGUAGCCGCAUGUUUCCAUACUCUCUUCGCCUCCAUCUCUCCCUCAUGAAUUAUGCAGCCGGAUCGAUGUGAUAAAAAGCUUUAUAGCGAUCAAUACAGUCCUGAAGUGGAGAAUCAUUUGCAUAAAAAUAAUAAAAAUAUCAGGCAACAAAAGUGGCUAGUUUUUAAUUAUUAAAGUAGUAGGUGACACAAGACAAACAUUUUGUGAAAUUAAUUGCCUUAUACUCAUACUCCUUGAAUAGUUUUUUUCUUCCGUUUUUUUCACUAUAAAACCACAAAGUAGCAACAUAUUUUACAGGAUAUUUUUGCUAUUGGCCACAGUGUUUGCAACACUAAUAUUUUCUCAGACAACUGUGAGAGAAGUUUAGUUGGAAAGCACAGUCUUAGUUGGGUUGCAGAGCAGUUGUGCAUUUUUCUUUCCAUUUUGGCACAAAGUAAAGGGUCAAGGCACACUUUUCAGAUUUUUAUUUGUAAGACAUUUUGAAUAUUAUAGGUCAUUGUUCGUCUUCACAAUAAAAGUCAAGCUCGUGCUGUUUUAUCACAUAAAAAUCCCCACGAAAUACAUUGAUGUUUACGGUUUUCAUUUUUCAGAAUGGGGCAAUAUUGAAUAUUUUUGCAAAGAGACUGUAUUGUGUCCUGGACAACGGAAAAUAUCCUUUCAACCUUCGUGACAGUAAUUAACAGUAGAGGAGUGUAGUGUUUUUCUUUGUUUAUUUUUUUGUUAAAAGAAAAUGCAUUACUUAACAGCUUACUGUACACACAAUGCAGAACAACGUGGCUUUGAAGACAAUGGUAAGAGUCAAACACGAUCUCUGUUACUAUCUCACAGACAACUUCCACAGGCUUUUUCUAUUCUAUUGACACUUCAAAUACGAGAUGGGGCUGCAAAGUUGCGAUGGAUUAAAUAUUAACAUAUUACUAUGCUGUCAAACUGACACUAUCCUGGAGCUACUAUCUGCUGAAGGUCAUUUCUAAUGGGUCAGCUGAGAGUUGUUUGUCAAGAUAAAGAGCCGAGUGUGUGAGAAAACCGCUAAGGUGGGGGGACAGCAGCGGCCUGGGAGCGGCAUGGUUUGCAGGGAAUUUAAAAUCUAACGCUUGAUCACAUUACACGGCUGUGAAUGAAACAAGAUGCUCUGAUUAAAAAUGUAUAUGUCCUCAGGCUUGUCUGCCUCUACAAAACAGCAGUAGAAGACCUUGAGUUUAUCCAACAGAGAUGGUCAAAUCUAAUUUAUCGCCUGUUAUAGACCCCCACAACAAAACAGCCUUGAACACCGUCGGGUAUAUUGCAGUUGUGCUUCUAAAAAAAAAAAAACCAAGCAGAUUGAUUGACGAGUAAAAAGAAAAAAAUAAAUUAGACAGUACAGGCGGUUAUUUAUUUUCAGACCGUAGUUGUUGAUUAAAAGGUUUCCUGCAACAUUUUCAGGUCCAUAUGCAUCAACACUCCAAAUGCAAUUCAUAGAUUAAAACUACAGGUGCACCAAGAAGAGGACAAAUCAAUCCCAGGACCUUCUUGCUGCAAAGUAAAAGUGCUGGCCACAGCUCCACAAAUAUUCCACAACAAACACACAAAAAAAUGCCAGCUUUCCAAAAAAAACAAAACAGAAAAGCUAAGCGCUAACCAUUAAGCCAAAUAUUAUACAUAUCCCUGGCAGAUUAAAGUAGCCUUUUAAUUUUACCAGAUUAUUUAACCUAAGAGGAAAUUCUAUUUUUUUUUAAAAAUGGCCAAACUAGAAAUGUAACUUGAAUCUGAUGGAGAAUCUGUGAAAGUAGUUGAAGAUUAGGGUAAUGACAAAGAGGCCUUCUGGCAUGGAAGAUGUGAAAUUCAUCAGCAAAGACAAGUCAUCAAAAUACCAGUGGAGACAAGUAGGAAGCUGGUCGGUGUUAUAGUGUAUACAGAAGCUUUUUCCAUUGAUCAAUAAGAAAAUGUUAAUCAAGUACUUAUUUUUUUUUAUUAAACUGUUAAUGCAAUUUUUCAAAACAGGUUCUCCUUUUCCAUUACCUUACUAUUCCAAAACUUCUUGUAGGAAGAAUAAUCUGGAAGACUUCAUCUGUACAAGGACAUACUAUUCAAUAAAUGUGCUUUUCUGACCAAUUAAAAUUCCUAUUUUAAUUGGUUUCUGGGAAACUGAAUGUGGGGAUUUAAUCAGGU